CUCCAUACUGAGGCGCACUGACACCGGUUCCUGUCGGUUCCUCAGUCCAGCAGGGCGCGAACAGGAGCUCAGAGGCAGGUUUUCAGCCUCUGCAUCUGAGGGAGUCCGUACGAAUGACAGAAAUCCAUGUUAGAACAACACACCGGAGCUGACUGAGAGGCAUCUGAAGGGUGCCAUUGUUUGCCAACGACAUGAAGCAGUUCUUCCGACCUACGCGGCCUUCUACAGACAGAAAUGCUGGAGCUGAAGACCUUUAACAAAUCCUUGGUACUGUGGACACAUGGAGUAUGCAAAACUAGAGGAGAUCAUUCUUUGAGCUUAAACACAUCCAACCUGACCGCAGUCAAUGAACUCUUUUCAGAUUGGUAGUUUUUAACACAUCACUCUCACUCUGUAUAUCUACCCUCCAUCCCCCUCCCACAGUGCCCCCCAGAGGGGCAAUGCCAGUCUUGCUCAAUGCCGAUGCCUCCUUUAGCUCCAAGCAGGAGCUCCUGGACUUACAGGACUGUCCUGUCAAUGGCGGCCCCUCUACGGACACCCCCAGUCCUGUGGACUCUCAGACAGGCAGCCCCAUAGGCUCCUGUUCCAGGAGCCUUGGCAGUCCUGGAGUUGAUGGCCCGUCUCAGACCCACAUUUAUACCGGGGCCUCCUCAUUCCGAGGACAGCUGUACGGGAUGGGACCAGCAGCCUGUGCACAGAGUCCCAUGGAGCUAAAUUUAAUCUCCACUGACUCGGAUCAGCUGUGUGGAUGGGGGGCUCUGACGCCUAAAGCUGUCCAGGUUUUCAAUACCCCUCGAUGGGUGCUGUUCUUCCUUUGUGUGGCCUCUUUCCUUCAGGGGAUGAUAAUCAACGGCUUCAUCAACACGGUGGUCACGUCCAUCGAGAGGCGCUUCGACCUGCGCAGCUAUCAGGCCGGACUCAUAGCCAGCUCCUAUGACAUCGCUGCCUGCGUGUGCUUGGCCUUCGUCAGUUAUUUUGGUGGGAAUGGACACAAGCCUCGCUGGUUGGGAUGGGGAGUCCUAAUCAUGGCGCUGGGAUCUCUUGUUUUCGCCUUACCACACUUUACCACCCCUCCUUAUCAGGUCAGCCUGCCCGAGCUGACAGGAACGUGCUCGGCUAACCGUACCAGCCCGUGUCAUAACAAAGAGAGCGCAGGGCUGUCCAGCUAUCGUUUUGUGUUCAUGCUGGGCCAGUUUCUACAUGGCAUGGGUGCCACACCACUUUACACAUUAGGAGUUACAUACCUGGAUGAAAAUGUCAAGUCCAGCUACGCACCUGUUUAUAUAGGGAUCUUCUACACAGCAGCCAUUGUGGGUCCAGCAGCGGGCUACCUGCUGGGAGGAUACUUCCUCAACAUUUUCACCGAGAUCCACCUGACGGCGGACAUGACUCCAGAGAAUCCUCUGUGGGUUGGAGCUUGGUGGAUCGGCUUCUUAGCAGGAGGAGCAGCAGCUCUGAUCGUAGCCUUUCCAAUCCUGGGCUACCCGAGACAAUUACCAGGCUCUCAGGAGUUUGUUUCCAUGCGGGUGUCUGAGGCCCACCAGCUCAAAGAUGGCAGCCACACCACAGCCUCAGACCCUCAGUUUGGUAAAUCAGUCAAGGACAUGCCAAGGUCGGUCCUUCUUCUCUUAAAAAAUCCCACCUUCCUGUUCCUGUGCUUGGCUGGAGCUACAGAGGCCACCCUCAUCGCUGGGAUGUCCACCUUUGGUCCUAAGUUCUUGGAGUCACAGUUCAGUCUUAGUGCAUCAGAGGCAGCCACGUGGUUUGGUUACAUGGUGGUACCAGCGGGAGGCGGUGGUACGUUUCUGGGCGGCUACAUUGUAAAAAGACUGAACCUACGAUGUCGAGGCAUCAUCCGUUUCUGCAUGAUGUGUGCGUUGGUCAGUCUGCUCGCCAUUUUCAUCUUUCUGAUCCACUGCCCUAACGUACCCAUGGCCGGCGUCACUGCACCGUACGAGGCUGGCCUCAUGGAGAAGCACCGCUUAGACCAGUUCACAUCCUUGUAUGAUAAACCAAGCCGUCUGCGACUAAGAAACAGCUCCUCUCUAGAGGAGAACCUAACGUCAGGCUGUAAUGCUGGCUGUAGUUGUGCCAAAGAGCUGUUCAACCCAGUGUGUGGGGCAAACGGGGUGAUGUAUUACUCCCCCUGCUACGCCGGCUGCAGCUCCAUCAAUCACACCCAGAGCUCCACGGGCAAACAGGUGUACACCAGAUGUAGCUGUGUGGUGGGUAACGUGUCCUGGGGUCAGGAGGGCAUCGCUCUGGCAGGAAAGUGUAGCAGCUCCUGCCCCCACAUGCCGGCCUUCCUCUCAUUCCUCUUCGUCGUCAUCUGCUUCACCUUCCUCUGUAGCAUCCCAGCGCUCACUGCCACGCUCAGAUGUGUACCAGACAGUCAGAGAUCCUUUGGACUUGGAAUCCAGUGGAUUGUUGUGCGCACACUUGGCGGUAUCCCAGGACCCAUAGCAUUCGGCUCUGUGAUUGACAUUUCCUGCUUACUGUGGCAGGAUAAGUGCGGUGAACAAGGAUCCUGCUACCUCUACAAGAACUCUGCCAUGAGCCAGUACACUUUAGUAGCUGGUAUCAUAUAUAAGGUUUUGGGGACAAUCUUUUUCCUUUUAGCCAGCAUCCUGUACCAGCCUCCGCCUGAAUCGCCUCAGAGCAGCUGUGAGAGCACUGAUCAGGGAAUAGGAGAAAUGAACGACCUGCCCAUCAAAGCACUGCCCGAAGAUGGCGUCAUUGUCAACCUGCACGCCAGGCUAUGACAUCAGAGAGCGCCUGACCGCUGAGCCUGUCUGACUGUGUGUGACUGUGUGUGCUUGUGCGUUGAUGUGGGUGUUUUUUAAUACCGACAGCCUUCUCUCAGCUCAGCCAUAAUGACGCUACCCCCAACACACACACACACACACACAUGCAUGCAUACAAACACAUGCAAUCACAGAAAGAGGAAAUACUGCAUACAGGUACAUUUAAAAAAAUUAGAAUAUCAUGAAAAAGUUUAAUAUUUUUUGUCACUCAUUCCAGAAAGUGAAACCCAUGUAUUUUAUAGACUCAUUACACAUAGAUGAAAUAUUUCAAGCCUUUAUUUCUUACUUAUAGAUAAUGACCACCCAAAAUCCAGUGUUUCAGAAAAUUAGAAUAUUGUGAAAAAGUUUAAUAUUGGAAAGUCAUGGGGUCACACCCUAAUCAGCUAAUAAACUCAAAACAUUUGCAAAGGUUUCCUGAGCCUUUAAAUGGUCUCAGUCUGGGUCAGUAGACGACAGAGUCAUGGGGAAUACUGCCGACUUGACAGAUGCCCGGAAGACAAUCAUUAGCUUGGUUUCCGUCACCCUCAGAAAUGAGCAAAAUGUAAAUUGAGCAAUACAAAACUGGUAAUGGAAACACAGAAAUGUCGCAAAAACUGUCAAAGAUCACAAAAAAAAUGUUACGCUCUCUUGAGGUGGUUUUUGAGACAUUUCCAUAUAGAAGUAUUCUGCAGAAGUGUAACGGAAACAGAUUUUGCGUAUUUUCGAUGGUGCCACGAGAGUUUUAGUAACAUCACACAGUUCAUUAAACGUUGACUCGGUCAUUCAGAAAUUCGGAAACUCCGUAUGAAUUCUGUACAAUUCUCUCCCAGAAAUCCAUUAAGCGUGGGCGCUGCCAUAAAUAAGGACUUUGCUUUCGGAUAUAAAUAAGGACUUUGCCUCCCAUGCCCCCAACGACCUUUCAAAAACUUGAACAACAGUAAUUGGUUUAAUUGUUUCCACAGCUCUAGCUCUGUGUCUGUUGCACUGACGUCAAGCAUGAGUGUCCGUCCCAUCUCUUUCUCGCUCUCUGCAAGAACUAUACAGUAUUUUACGAGAAUUACAACAUGUUAUGAGAUGGGACUUUACUAGAAUUACACAUCAGAAGCCAAACACUCUUCAGUGGAAACACGUACAAGUAGCAAUUGUACCAUGUUGAAAUUGUAGAAAUAUCGUUUUUAUUUUGCGGAAAACUGUAAUGGAAGCCAAGCUAUUGACGCCAUCCACAAGGAGGGUGAGCCACAAAAGGUCAUUGCUCAAGAAGCUGGUUGUUCAGAGUGCUG